UAAUAAAGCACUACUGUGCAUGCUUGGACUAUUCAAUACUUGUGUGCCUGAUGUCAGUUGUAUGUAGUACCGGUAUAUUUGUAUUAUAUGUAUUUGGGGAUAUAAUGUCCGUAAAACAAAUGGUACUCUGCUUGGACAAUAAAUUAUCCAACAUGUAUUACUGUUCCAAUGUUUAACAAAAGAGAGGUACACAGAUUCAGCAAAAUAAGCAAUUCCUUUGAUACAGAUUUGUUGUUUUUACAAUUAAGGUUAUUAAUGUGAUCAUUUGAUCAAAAGCAAUUAAAAACUUGUAAUACAUGUAUAUGAUUAGGCCAAACAUAGGUACCUGUACACUGUAAUUAUAAUAUGUCUCCCACUAAAACAACACCUUCACUUUUCUACUGUAAUAUAGAGCGGGAUAAUUAGAGCUGUGGACCUUUUGAUCCCUGUGGUACACAAAGCCCUAGCUCACUGCUAUUUACAAUACAGAUCACAAACAAGCAAGACGCAAAGUUUGAACAUGGACCCUCUAGUUCCCUCAGAUAUUGGGAGAGAUGUCUAUUAUAUUCUAUCCCUGCAUGACAGAGCACUUCUGCAAACCAUACAGUUGAAUGACUACAGAGAGGAGCUGACAACCAAGGCCCGUAACUUCAUGCUGAUUGGGAAUCGAGGGAGAGCACUCUUGCUGAUGAAGAGGAGGUGUGUUGCUGAUGGCAUGAAACACAUGUACUCUGUCUACCGACAGAGGAAAUGUCAACAACUCGUGUCAGCCCUGUCCCUAACCAUACCUAGUCUCAGGGAGAAUGCAAUUAUACCAGACAUGGAACCUGAGACCAGGCAUGAAGAACUCCAAGUGGAGAAGUUUGCUCAGACAAUGAUGAUUGCACAGUGCUCAUUCUCCCGAGUGGACUAGCUCAGGAUUAGGUUCAGUAACAGUGAUCAAACACCUGAGACAUUGUGAUGAUACAUGUACCAUUACAUGUACAGUGCCACAUUUCAAAUGUGAAAAGAUACUAUUUAUAAGCUCAUCUUAAGUGCAGUUUUAUAGUUGUUUGAGUGCUAUCAAGUGAUAUGUUUUUAUAUUUUAAUGAAUAAAUGA